CUUCUUCUUCUUCUCGUGAGGCAAGAAAUCGCCGGAGAAACUUCCGACCAACGUAUCGGUGUUAUACUUAGAACUGAUGAGAACCAGUGUCAUGUCACAAAUUCAGCGAAGCUUCUCGAUCGAAUUGCCUUCACUGGUUCCUCUGCAACUUCCAUCUCGGAUGGAGACUCAUCUAUGGUAUGUUGUUCCAGAGGAAGUGAAAAGUAAAUCUCUUCUAAAACAAUACUCUCAACUUCUGUCACCAUCUGAGAAUGAUAAAGUUCUUCGUAUGCGAGGCCAUGCUCGCACAUUGGUUCGCACCACCAUUGCAAGAUAUCAGACAAACAAUGUAGUCGAUCCGAGGACCUUGAUGUUCAAGAAGAACAUGUAUAGGAAGCCUGAGGUAGAUUGGCAGAAUUAUAAGAACUGUGAUUACCCACCGUUGCAUUUUAACAUCUCCCACACAGAUUCAUUGAUUGCCUGUGGGGUGACUGUACAUGUUCCUGUUGGUAUCGAUCUUGAAGACAAGGAAAGGAAGAUUAAACAUGAUGUCUUAGCACUUGCAGAAAGAUUUUACUCUACUGAUGAAGUGAAGUUUUUGUCAACUAUACCAAAUCCGGAAGUUCAGCGAAAGGAAUUUAUCAAGUUAUGGACUCUUAAGGAAGCAUAUGUGAAAGCAUUAGGAAAAGGUUUCUCUGCUGCACCUUUUAAUACCUUCACAAUCCAGUCCAAGGCCGGAACAGCAGGAGGCUACAAUCUUUGCAAGGAGAAGACAAAGAAAUGCAAUGGAGAAUGGAAGUUUGGCCUAUUGGAGUUGGCUGAUUCUCAUUAUGCUGCAAUCUGUAUUGAAGAUGAUCAAGCUAGUGGAGGAGCUCCUCUGAGAGUAAUUGUUCGGAAGACCAUCCUGUUUGUAGAAGAUGAACUUAUUUCUGAAAGCAGAUUUCUUUAGUAAUGAAGAAGGAGAGAAAGAAAAUGUGUGCCAGUUUGGAGUGAUACUACUGCAGAUCAUCACAGGCAAAUUAGUUGCUGCAGGAUCUUCAGAGAUGGGAAGUUUGAAAGCUUCAGCUGGAGAACUGUUUAAGAGAUGAACCUUAAUAUUGAGCAGCUUAGCAGAUCCAUCUGUCGAAGGAUCAUAUGCUUACGAGUCUUUGUGAAGAUCAGAGCAAUCGACCGUCGAUAGAAGAUGUUGUGUGUAAUCUGCAGUACACAAUUCAAGUGCAACAAGAAUGGAGAACAAGCAAUGGGAAUCGUCAAUCCUCCAUGAAGGCAAUAUAUGGCUGAAAUGAUCAUAAAGAGACAAAAAAAAGUAUAGAAAUAACAAGUCAAUAGGUAGAUUCAUGGAUUACAUGACAUAUUUUCUAUUAAUUUGGUUAUCUUUUGUAUCAAAUAAAAAGCAAAGGAAGAAGAUCUGCUAGAAUGAUCGAAUU